GUGUACUCAACUCAAAGCAUCGGAGCUUCACUCCACUCACACAUUCCCCUCCGCAAUCUGGAAUCAGUUUUCCCGGCACCAUGAAGAGAUCUUUAACAUGUGGGUCCUAUAGGCUAUUUAAAUGGCAGCAGGCAGGUGGGCUCACUGGAGUUUCUUGCAGGAAACUGUCAAGCGAUGGGAUUCCACAAAUGCCUCCCUGUGAUUUUAAGCCACAAGAGUAUCAGUCACUUCCAUAUGAACGCGUUCUAGAUAUACGGAAAAAUUUACUGUCUCCGGCAUUAGUCACGUAUUAUAAGAAGCCCAUCCUCUUACAUCAAGGUCACAUGCAAUGGGUGUUUGACUCCGAUGGCCGUCGCUACCUCGACCUCUUCGCAGGAAUCGUUACCGUCAGUGUCGGUCAUUGCCACCCGAAGGUCACAGAAGCAGCUCAGAAACAGCUUGGGCGUCUCUGGCACACAACCAACAUCUACCUACACCCCCCAAUCCAUGAAUAUGCAGAGAAGCUGACCAGUCUUCUCCCUGGGAACCUUAAGGUGCUCUACUUGACCAACAGUGGCUCGGAAGCAAAUGAUCUGGCAUUGAUGAUGGCGAGAAUACACACUGGCAAUUUUGAUAUAAUUGGCCUCAGAACCGGUUAUCACGGUGCAAGUCCAUACACUCUUGGAGUGACGUCGUUAUCGGCUUAUAAAGGAGCAUUCCCCAAUGGCUUUGGCUGCCACGCGACAAUGUGUCCUGAUGUUUUUCGUGGUAUAUGGGGAGGAAGCCAUUGUAAAGAUUCCCCGGUGCAGACCAUAAGGAAAUGCAGUUGUUCUCCUGGUUUCUGUGAAGCUAAAGACAAAUACAUCAACCAACUAAAGGAAACCCUGAGUACCAGCACACCUAAGAAAGUAGCAGCUUUUAUUGCCGAACCAAUCCAGGGUGUUGGAGGAGCUGUUCAAUACCCCAAAGGCUAUUUAAAAGAAGCAUAUGAGCUCAUCCGAGAGAGAGGAGGAUUAUGCAUUGCAGAUGAAGUUCAAACUGGUUUUGGGAGAACGGGAAGUCAUUUUUGGGGAUUUCAGACACAUGACGUCAUGCCAGAUAUCGUAACAAUGGCAAAAGGAAUUGGCAACGGUUUUCCAAUGGGAGCAGUAGUUACAACUCCAGAAAUUGCAAAAUCAUUUGCCGAGUCCCAGCACUUCAACACGUUUGGAGGGAAUCCCAUCGCUUCCACCGUGGGCUCAGCCGUACUCGACGUCAUUGAAGAAGAUGGCUUACAAAAUAACUGCGAGGUUGUCGGAACCUAUUUCCUCAAACAGCUGGAAAAACUUAGGGAUAGGUUCGAAAUCGUUGGAGAUGUUCGUGGCAAGGGACUCAUGAUUGGAAUAGAAAUGGUGAAGGAUAAGAAAACCCUUCAGCCUCUCCCUGCAGAAGAAAUGAACCUCAUCUGGGAAGACUGCAGAGAUAUGGGGGUUCUCCUCGGAAAGGGCGGACUAUACAGUCAGACAUUCCGUGUCAAGCCACCGAUGUGUAUCACAAAGGAAGACGUGGACUUUGGCGUAGCCGUUUUCCAGACAGCGUUAGCCAAACACGUGGAAAGAUCGUCAACGUGAAGCCACCGGAGAGAUUCCUAGUUUGUUUCGUUGUUAGAAACCGAGCUGCUGAAAAACCGAAGAUGCCUUUAGAACCGUGACGACCGAGUUAUGCUUUAUAAACAGUCGUACAGGGGAAAAAAAAGGUUGGAAAAAAAUCCAAUUUUGUCAUAAAAAAUAAAAUCACCCAAAAUUACAAAGAA